GUGGGCAUGUUAUCAGCGGUCAAAGGAAGUGGCUCGUUUUCCAUUCCAUCCAUUCAUAGCGCAACCGCUCAUAACGUGCAUAGGCGAGAUAGGGAUCAGCGAGAGAGAGACAGAGAGAGGGUUGGAUUAGGGCACUGACAGCCACCUCAGUCAAACAGUUGAGAGACACACGGUCACAACCUGCUGAGGGGGCAGAACUAGCUGGACCGGAAAGUCUCAAUCCAAUCCAGAUCACCUCUUAGCGGGUGAGGGAGAGAAGACCACCGACCACCUCGAGACCCCGCACUGAUUGAAAAGAGGGCAGAGUUGGAGAGUAAAACAAUCCGUUUAGAAAAAGAUGGAGCGUAAAAUCCCUGACUUCGCUGGUACCUGGAAGAUGAAGAACUCGGAGAACUUCGAGGAGCUUCUCAAAGCGCUGGGUGUGAACGUGAUGCUGCGUAAGAUAGCGGUGGCAGCAGCCUCCAAGCCGUCGGUGGAGAUCACCCAGGAGGGAGAGACUCUGUCCAUACGAACCUUCACCUCCGUCAGAACCACCCACGUCACCUUCACCGUGGGAGAGUCCUUCAACGAGGCCACGGUCGACGGACGCCCCUGCACGAGUCUUCCAAAGUGGGAGACAGACAGUAAGAUCAGCUGUGAGCAGACUCUGCAGAAAGGGGAGGGACCUAAGACCGCCUGGACCCGAGAGAUAACCAAUGACGGCGAGCUCAUCCUGACCAUGAGUGCGGACGAUGUGGUGUGCACCAGAGUCUACGUACGAGAGUGAAAGAGAAGACAACUCUUCAUCCUUCCAUCUAUCUCACCACUCACUCACUCCACAACCCCUCGGCCAGACUGGGCAGGGUGAAAGCAGCUUGUAGAAUCUAGUUUAACUCCAGUAUAUCUGUCACAAAGCCAUGGGAUUGAACCCAGUCUAGUUGACCUAUAUCUAUUAAAGUCAGUCUUGCCAAUGUUCUGUCCACUUAAUCAGUGAGGUCGUAAACCUGAAAUUGUGUCUUUUUCUGAGUCUUUGUAUGUGCAAGGUUGUUGAUCCAUGUGUAUGUGUGUGUAUGUGUGUGUGUGUGUGUGCGUGUGUUUGUGUGUACGUGCUAGUCAGUGGAGUAGGUCUAAGUGUGUGUAUCAGUGUCUGACUAUAUUUGUAGUUGUGUAAACCUAUGAGCUCUUCCAGUUAUAAGUCAGUGACUUUGUGUCUGUUCUCUCUCUCCUUCUCUCUUCCCUCUUAUCUCUAAGUCGAUAAAGUUGUAUAUUUAUGACACUAGAUCUGAUACCGUGUUGCUAUGGUUUUUACUUUGUCUCUUUUAUAUAAAAACUGAUCAUAGGAAAUUAUGCUUUCUAUGGGAAGACAAUAAAACACCAUGUUGACUCCA